CUCGGUGGACGUGAGCAUGGGUCACUCGAGCUUCAUCUCGCGGCGCCACCUGGAGAUCUUCACGCCCCCGGGCGGCGGCCAUGGCGCGGCGGCCCCCGAGCCCGCGCAGCCCCGGCCCGACGCGGGCGGCGACUUCUACCUGCGCUGCCUGGGGAAGAACGGCGUGUUCGUGGACGGCGUGUUCCAGCGGCGCGGGGCGCCGCCGCUGCAGCUGCCGCGCGUGUGCACAUUCAGGUUUCCGAGCACAAACAUCAAGAUAACGUUCACAGCCCUGUCCAGCGAAAAAAGGGAGAAGCAGGAGGCUCCCGAGUCCCCGGUGAAGCCUGUGCAGCCACAUAUCUCGCCCCUGACCAUCAACAUUCCAGACACCAUGGCCCACCUCAUCAGCCCCCUCCCUUCCCCCACGGGCACCAUCAGUGCUGCAAACUCCUGCCCAUCUAGUCCCCGGGGAGCCGGGUCUUCAGGGUACAAAAUGGGCCGUGUGAUACCAUCUGACCUCAACUUAAUGGCUGACAACUCACAGCCAGAAAAUGAAAAGGAAGCCUCAGGUGGAGACAGUCCAAAGGAUGAUUCAAAGCCACCUUACUCCUAUGCACAAUUAAUUGUACAAGCGAUUACAAUGGCUCCUGAUAAACAACUCACCCUAAAUGGAAUUUAUACACACAUCACUAAAAAUUAUCCAUACUACAGGACUGCGGACAAGGGCUGGCAGAAUUCAAUUCGCCACAAUCUCUCUCUGAACCGUUAUUUCAUCAAAGUCCCGCGUUCCCAGGAAGAACCAGGCAAAGGCUCCUUCUGGAGGAUAGACCCAGCCUCUGAGAGCAAACUGAUAGAGCAGGCUUUUAGGAAAAGACGGCCUAGGGGCGUGCCUUGCUUUAGAACCCCUCUGGGACCGCUCUCGUCUAGGAGUGCCCCAGCCUCUCCCAACCAUGCGGGAGUGCUAUCUGCUCACUCCAGUGGUGCCCAGACCCCUGAGAGCCUGUCACGUGAAGGUUCGCCAGCCCCCCUGGAGCCUGAGCCCAGCACCUCACAGCCCAAACUCGCCGUCAUCCAGGAGGCCCGGUUUGCCCAGAGCGCACCAGGCUCGCCCCUGUCCGGCCAGCCUGUCUUGAUCACCGUCCAGCGGCAGCUGCCCCCUGCAGUCAAGCCUGUCACCUACACUGUUGCAACUCCGGUGACCACCUCCACCUCUCAGCCGCCUGUCGUGCAGACAGUCCAUGUAGUCCACCAGAUACCAGCAGUGUCGGUCACCAGCGUGGCUGGGCUAGCCCCAGCAAACACAUACACAGCUGCUGGCCCAGCCGUGGUCACUCAGGCGGCCUUGCUGGCCCCUCCUAAGGCAGAACCACAGGAGAAUGGAGACCACAGGGAAGUCAAAGUGAAAGUGGAGCCCGUUCCUGCAAUUAGCCACACCACGCUGGGUGCUGCCAGCCGGAUCAUCCAAACACCACAGGCCACCCCAGUCCAGACAGUCACCAUAGUGCAGCAAGCCCCUCUUGGUCAGCAUCAGCUUCCGAUAAAAACUGUAACGCAGAACGGAACCCAUGUGGUGCCCAUGCCGGCUGCCGUGCAUGGCCAGGUGAACAAUGCCUCGGCGAGCCCUCUGCACAUGCUGGCGACCCACGCGUCGGCCUCGGCGUCCCUGCCCACAAAGCGCCAGAAUGGUGACCAGGCCGAGCAGCCGGAGCUGAAGCGGAUCAAGACGGAAGACGGCGAGAGCUUCGUCAUCGCCCUGAGUGUGGAUGCGCCACCAGCAGCCGUGAGGGAAAAGGGCGUCCAGAACUAGCGCGGAGCCUCCUCGCCCCGCAACUCCGCGGUGCCAAAGGAGGCGCCGCCCGCGCCCGGGCCGACCCGGACCCGGCGGCCUUAACACUCCGGGCCGCGGCCGCGAGCCACCCGUGAGGACCAGCGGACUUGGCGGCCUCGGCUCCCGUGGCCGCCCGCGCCGAGCCGAGCGGUGACCUGGACGCGCCCGCGCCGCCCCGUGUGUCCCUCCUGUCGACUCUGUCCCUGCGUCACUGUCCCGCCUCCGUGAAGACGGCGCCCGGCCGGCAGGCGCAGAGGCCAGCAGGAGGCCGCCGCCGGGAAUGUCCAGCGUCAUCACCAUAACAUUAUUUAUUUAAAUGUAGUUAUUUUGGUAUUUAAUUUUUUUUAAAGAGGAAAAGAACCUGUAUUUUCCUGGUGGGAUGAAAUGGCAGAAGGCGUGUCCAGGCAACUCGGCGUCAUCGACACGAAGACCAAACCAGCGGCGCCCCGCGGGCCGACGGUCCCCUCCCGAGGCCCACCUCGCACCGGGACGGCCGCAGGGUCGCCGCGGUCGGGUGGUGAAGGUGGACGGGCCGCCUCUGCUCCAGGACUGAGGAAGGGCCCCUGCACGGCCGCCCUCGGCCUCCCGCCCACUGCCCCCCGCUGCCCAGCAGCUCCGCAGCGUCCCGCUCUGCAGAAGUCUCUGGCCUCUGCCAAUCUCCAGCUCCCUCAGGGACUGCAGCCUGCAGCAGCUCUGCCCUGAGCCAGCCCGGCGCAGGCGAGCCCGGCCCGGAUCACAGCCAGUGAAGGCAGCAGUGUCCACGCGGGCCUGCUGUGCUGGGCGCCCCGGAGGAGAGGGACAGUCUCUUAAGUAAGUCCAGACUUCUGUCCUAGGAAGUAGAGUGGUGAUCUGUGUGCAAAGAUUGAAAUUUUUAAAAAGUACCAAGUUCCUAAAAUUCAAUAAAAUAUUUUUAUUAAUUUUA